AUGCGGUUUCGAAGAGGUGGGGAACGUUGUGGAAGGCCGGAGAUUCUCUCUUAAGUCUCUCUUCAUUUCAUUGUAAACUAAGCAAGGCCUUUCUGUUUGUGUUUCUCUGUGUCUCUCUCUCUCGGGAAACAUGUGUACGGCGUUGCAUUUUUCUUCUGUUAAUAUCUCCAUACUCUUGUCUACAUUUUCCGAAAUUCUCUGGCCUCUAACAAUUCCAAGUCCGAUAGCCGUCUCUUCUCACGCGACGAAAGUUAAGGCUUUUUU